UAAAAAUGGUCGCCCGUCUCUAUGAUACAUUUUAUGAUGCUAAGGCAACCUUGUUAUCAGAAGCUGAUAUUAAAGAAAUUAGAGAAUCAAGAAGUAGGAUACCCAAUGCAUCAAAAAUAAUGGCUAAAAAAUUUCAUAUUGGCCCUAAACGUAUUUAUAAAAUAUGGGACUAUAAAGAACGCCUUCAGCAAGGAGUUAUUUUAUCUCAAUCUAAUCCAAAAAAGAAUAGUCAAAAAGGGAAGGUUAAAAUAGAUGAGAAGCUGAUUACUGAAGCAACUAGUAUGGUGAAAAAAAAUAACAAAAAUAAUAUAGCCUCUUCCUCUGACAAUUCAUCUGAUACAUCCAGAGAAGAUAGGUUGGAAUCUCUUCUUGAAAACUUAGUCAAACAUGGUAAAAAGCUUAAAAGCUUAACAGUUGAUACUUCUGAUAUCUCUUCUAUAUAA